AUGAUUGAGCCGCUGGAGCAGUUGCUGCAGCUGCAGAAGGACAACCGUGACGGCCGCCUGCGGAAGCAGGAGCUGGAGGAGCUGGUGCGUGGGCUGGAAGCCGAGAGCGAGAGCCUCACCGGGCGUCUGGACGAGCUGCGCGAGCGCGAGCGCAGCCUGCAGCGGAGACAAAGUCAAGCGUCGCGGGCGAUUCGAGGGGAGGCGCGCGAGGCGGCACGGGAGCGCGCGGAGCAGGCUCGUGGGCUACUGGAGGCCGCGGAGCAGCACCGGCUGGACCUGGAGCAACAAAAUCGGAAGCUGCAGGAAGAGUGGGAGGAGCUGUCCAGCCAGCUUUUCUACUAUGGAGGAGAAGAGUUGAGUCAACAGCGAGCAGAGCAGCGACUGGGAACUCAACUUGCGGCACUGCAGAAACAUCUGGAGCUGGCGGAGGCCAAAUUCACCAUGCAGGCAGAGGACCUGCGACAGGGCGCGCAGCGUACGGAAGAGGCCUGGGCCAGCUUCCAGGAGCAGAGCGCAGUCCUGCAGGAGCUGCAGGGGAAGGUGAUGGAGGCAGCGGCUGCGCUGGAGGCUACGCGUGGUGGCGCGGAACCGUGGAACUCGCAGCCUCGUCGGGUGCAGGACUGCGCGGGCUCACUCAUGGAGGAGGUGGCUAGGGCUGACUGUGAAAAUCGGCUGUUUGGCGGUGCGGGCGCGGGGAGCAUCAGGUUGUGGGCGCUCAGCGCACUGCAGACGCUGCUGCUGCUCCCACUGGGCUUCCUGGCGCUGCCGCUGCUCUACGUGGCGCUGGGGAAGCCCAACACCGUCGGCCAGGGGCUCCCGAGUAGUCUUGGCUCGGACACAGUCUUCCGUAGGCUGCGCUACACGUUGUCGCCUUUGCUUGAAUUGCGCGCGCAUGGACUGCUGCCUGCUUAG